AACUAUUCUCCUUUCUCGCCGUCAAAAUGGCAGAAUGGGAUCUUACCGCUAUCGUUGGUCAAUACAUAGACCUGCAUAUGGUCCUUCCAUUACUGGAAUUUCUGCAAAAUAAGAAUAUUUAUGUUGACCAUGACCUGUCCAAGGCCAAAUUACAUCUGCUUAACAGCACCAAAAUGGUGGACUUUAACAUUGAGGUUUUCAAGCAGUGUUAUCCAGACCAGGAAGUACCAGACGAGCUUCGAGAAAAGCGUCAGGAAGUUCUCGCUGAAAUCUCCACACUUUCUGCCGAGACAAAACCCUUGAUAGAUGCAUGUCAAACCGAAGAGGUUUGCAAAUACAUCACAAAUGUCAGGGACUCUGCACAGUUCAUGAAGUAUUUAAUGGAACAGUUUAAGGAUAUCAACCCUACCAUAGUGGACAGCUUGUACCAGUAUGCCAAGCUACAGUUUGAAUGUGGCAACUACAGUGUUGCUGGGGAAUACCUGUACUUGCACCGCUUCUUGAUCCCACCAGCAGACAAAAACCACCUCAACAACCUUUGGGGUAAGCUCGGGUCAGAAAUACUGAUGCAGAACUGGGAUGUUGCCCUGGAUGAUCUUAAUAGGCUAAAAGAAUACAUCGACACCAACAAUGUUUCAACACCCCUGGAAUCCCUACAGCAGCGCACUUGGCUCAUUCACUGGAGUCUGUUUGUGUUCUUCAACCAUGGCAAAGGACGGGACCUUGUCAUCGAUCUCUUCCUCUCCCAGCCUCAGUACCUUAAUGCCAUACAAACAAUGUGUCCCCACAUCCUACGAUACUUGACAUGCGCAGUCAUCACGAACAAGCAGAAACGAGGAGCCAUGAGAGAUUUGGUCAAGGUCAUUCAACAGGAGUCCUAUGCCUACCAUGAUCCCAUCACAGAAUUCGUGGAGUGCCUCUUUGUCAACUUCGACUUUGACGGGGCUCAGCAGAAGCUUCGGGAGUGUGAGGUCGUGCUCUCCAACGACUUCUUCCUUGUCGCCUGCCUGGAGGACUUCAUGGAAAAUGCUCGUCUCUUCAUAUUCGAGACCUUCUGUCGCAUUCAUCAGUGCAUCUCCAUUGGCAUGCUGGCAGAAAAGAUCAACAUGGAGCCAGAAGAGGCAGAGAAGUGGAUCGUAAACCUCAUCCGUAAUGCCCGUCUGGAUGCCAAGAUAGACUCCAAGCUGGGCCACGUUGUCAUGGGGACACAAGCGGUCUCACCAUACCAGCAGCUGAUUGAUAAGACUCAACAGCUGCUGAUGCGUACUCAGUUACAAACCAGCAACCUUGAACAGAAGCUUGCAGCGAGCAACCCUGACAGGUUAUCUCACUGGGGAGCGCAGAACUUUUAGCACAGAGAAGUUAUCCUUAUUGCUGUGAAGGUGAUUUUCUAAUUAAAGACUUCACUGGUUUCAAGGUUCGAGAAACUUU